AUGGAAACACUGAAGGCUGUUUUCUUCGGGCCCGACCCCCAGGCCCAGAUGAGAAAAUGCAAUGCCCUUAUCCGCGCAAAUACUCGGCAACUUGACCGUGAUCUCGCCCAUCUCAAAACUCUUGACAGCAAGACCCGGCAACAUAUCGUUAAUUCGUCCAAACGAGCCCAGCGAAACCCCUCCCAGGCCAAACAGGCGACCAGCGAAACGAAGACCUUCGCGCGAGAGCUUGUGCGAAUUCGGAAACAGACUACCCGUCUGAAUACGAGUCGAGCCCAGCUACAGAGUGUUGGCAUGCAGGUCAAUGAAGCCUUCUCGGUACGGAAAAUCCAAGGUAGUCUCCAGAAAUCUACUGGCAUCAUGAAGGACGUGAAUACCUUGGUACGGCUACCGGAGUUGUCAUCUACAAUGCAUCAAUUGUCGACUGAGCUGGUCAGGGCUGGCAUCAUUGAGGAAGUUAUCGAUGAUGCUCUUCCCAACAAUGAACUUUUGGAGGAUGAGGAGGAAGAAGCGGAAGAGGAAGUGGACAAGAUCCUGCAAGAAGUCUUGCAGGGCAAGCUUUCCCAGGCCCCCGCUCGACCCUCCGAACCAAUUGUGGACGAACCGCCUGUAGCCGAGGAACCCGAAUUUGAAGACCAAGAAAAGACCCUCGACGAGAUGCGAGGUCGCUUGGAAGCUCUCAAGAGCUGA